GUCUGAGCAGAUUAUUUGCACGUUGAAGUGAUUUGUAUAUAAUGUGAUCCUUGUAUGUCUACGUUGAUGUCGUUUCUGGCUGUUGCUCGCUCAGCACGAUGCUACUCGACAUUGGUCAAGCCACAAUCAGAGGUCACAGAAGCUUUGGCGUACGUUUCACACUCUAAGGAUCCAUGGUUCAAUCUCGCAUUCGAAGACUGGUUAUUCAGAACGUCUAGUAAACCAUCACAUGUACUAUUCUUGUAUAGGAAUACGCCUUCAGUAAUCAUUGGACGUAAUCAAAACCCAUGGAAUGAGAUGGAUCUAAAGACUAUGAAAUCACUCGAUAUACCUUUCAUCAGACGGCGAAGUGGUGGUGGUACUGUCUUCCAUGAUCUAGGAAAUACAAACUAUAGCGUAAUGAUGCCACAAUCUGUCUUCAAUAGACGUGAUAAUGCCCAAUUAGUCGCAAGUGCACUAAACAAACUCGAUGUUCCUGCAUCAGUGAAUGAGCGACAUGAUAUUGUUGUAGAUGGCUACAAAAUAUCAGGGUCUGCUUUUAAGCUUACAAGUUCACGGGCUUAUCAUCAUGGAACGAUGCUUUUGAAUUCGAACAUUAAAACACUCUCGCAGGCACUUAAGAACCCAAAUCAAUCCCUGGUGACUAAAGGUGUACCAUCUGUUCGAUCACCAGUGAAGAAUGUUGUUGAUUGGCAACCUAAUAUCACUCACGAGACAUUUGUCGAUGCAAUUAUAAAAAGAUUCAAAGAGCACCAUAAGAUGGGUAAAAAUACUGUGGUGUCUAACAUCGAUGAAAGCCUUCUUGAGAAGGAUGUUAGUGAACAAGUCACGAAACUCAAGGAUGAGCUACAAGAAUGGAGUUGGCACUACGGACAGACGCCCGAAUUCACGAACACCGUAGAUACUACGAUAGAAGGACAGAAAUAUGUAGCUGAAAUCAAGUCAAAACACGGCAGAAUUACGGAGUUGUCGGUUAGUAACUGUCCAGAAGAACUCAUAGGACAGUUUUCUGAGAAGAAAUAUGGAUUUAUACGUUUAGAGGAUAUAAAAACGCGUAACAAACUCGAAGAAAGUAUUGUAGAAUGGCUAAUUGAAUGCAUGUAAGAGAAUUGAAAUAAUGUAAGAAUCAAGGAAAGAGAUGAAUAGAUAACUAUACAACUACUGCCAAUCCUUUCUACUUUUAAUAUUGCCUUACUAUAGCACUCACAGCGACGUGAAGUAGCGUCAGAAGUGAGGAAUAAUGAAGGCUUGUAAUGUAACACAAGCAGGCU